AUGGUGCAGAAAUCCCUCAACGGCGGCGUUUACCCGACUCCAGCCGGCGAGAGGAAGCACAAAGUCGGCUUCGUGGGUCUGGAGCCCGGCGCUCCCGAAUCCAGUCGGGACGGGGCGCUGCUCAUUGCGGGCGCGGAGAGCAGCCCUAAGCGGGCCGGCAGCAUCUUAUGCAGACCCAGAGGCAGCAUCUCCCCCGGUGGGAGAGCCAGACACCCAAAAAAGAACGCCAGCUACCGCAAACUGCAGAAUUUCCUCUACAAUGCGCUGGAAAGACCGCGGGGAUGGGCGUUCAUCUACCACGCUUAUGUCUUCCUCUUGGUCUUUUCCUGUCUUAUUCUCUCAGUCUUUGCCACCAUUAGAGAAUUCAAAAAUAGCUCAGAGAGUGCCUUGUACAUCCUGGAAAUUGUGACCAUCGUGGUGUUUGGAGUGGAGUACAUAGUGAGGAUAUGGGCUGCUGGCUGCUGCUGUCGAUACAGAGGAUGGAGAGGGAGGCUCAAAUUUGCCAGGAAACCUUUCUGUGUCAUCGAUAUGAUGGUGCUGGUUGCCUCGGUGUCAGUGCUGGCGGCUGGAUCUCAAGGCAAUGUUUUUGCCACAUCGGCAAUCAGGAGUCUGAGGUUCCUGCAGAUCCUUCGCAUGCUGCGUAUGGACCGUCGUGGGGGCACUUGGAAGCUGCUUGGAUCAGUCGUGUAUGCUCACAGCAAGGAGCUCAUCACGGCUUGGUACAUUGGAUUCCUGUGUCUCAUCCUUGCAUCAUUCCUUGUCUACUCAGUGGAGAAGGAGUCUAACAAAGAAUUUGAGACCUAUGCUGAUGCCCUUUGGUGGGGACUGAUAACUCUUACUACUAUUGGCUAUGGUGAUAAGGUUCCCAAGACUUGGAAUGGGCGAUUGCUGGCAGCAACCUUCAGUAUGAUCGGCGUGGCUUUCUUUGCUCUUCCCGCAGGCAUCCUUGGUUCUGGUUUCGCCCUCAAAGUCCAAGAGCAGCACAGGCAGAAACAUUUUGAAAAGAGACGCAAUCCCGCAGCAAGCCUCAUCCAGGGUGCAUGGAGGUUUUAUGCAACUAACCUAUCCCGUACUGAUCUGAUAUCCACUUGGGAUUUUUAUGAGCAGACUGUAGCAACCCCAAUGUACAGGUAG